AUGGGUGGUAUUGGAAGAGGGAGAGUGGAGGUGAUAGCCAGCAAGGGGUGUUCAAGGCUAUUUAGAGAUUUUUCUUCCUCAUUCAGAAGCCUCCAGUCUUUCUCCUUGGAGCCCACGUCCCCUACUUCCACUGCCACUGAAGUUCUUGAAUAUCCUGUGAAAACAAUUAAAUCCAAUAGCCCGUUCUCUGGCCUUGUCAUUUGCGUCACUGGACUCUCUAUAGAAGCAAGAAAACAGGUGAAGAAAGCAACAGAGAAAUUGGGAGGUCAAUAUAGCUCUCAUCUCCAUCCUCAAUGUACCCAUUUGGUGGUUCAGAGCUCUCAUGGGCGCAAGUUUGAGCAUGCAUUGAAACAUGGACCAAGAAAUGGUCUGUUUUUGGUUACAAUAAGCUGGUUUGUUGAUAGCGUCAAAAAGAACGAGAGGUUGAAUGAGUCACUUUAUAGUGUUAAUCAUAAUGGAGAAAAGGGUGCUGUGACCAAUGAUUUGAAGCAGCUUGCUCAGAAUACUGACAGUGAGAAAUCGUCUCAUCCUGUUGAUUCACUUGAGUACAACGGACAAUCUGGCUUGCUCGGAGGACCACACCUGCGAUUUUCAGAAAGACAUUCAAAAAGAAUUGUAGCCUCACCCUUUUCUGGUCAAUCAUUUUAUGUUGACAAUGAUGUCUCCUCUGAUCUUUGCAGUAAGGUAGCUGAGGCUGUCUCUGCAGAAGGUGCUAGUUUACUGGAUCAAUGGUAUGUUGGCUGUGAUGCCAAUUAUAUUGUAUGCGAAGGAUCUUCGGUUCGAAAAUAUCUUGGGCACUCAUGUAAUCUUGUUACGCCAGCGUGGGUUCUGAAGUCCGCAAAGGAAAAUUAUGUGCAGAGGCUUGUACAUAUGUCAGCAGAUUUGGCCAGGCAAACUAAAUCAUUGCUUGACACAAUCGAAAAUGGCAUUUUUAAGGAGGGGUUCAAUGCAAUAACUGAUCCUGCUGGUGUAUCUCAUUCUAUAAUUUAUAUAAGCCAGGUAGAAAGGCAAAAUAUUGCAGACCUAGCUAAAGAUGGUGUCAGAAAGCGUCGGAAUCACCAUAUGCAGACGUGUAAAACUCCAAUACGUCCAAUGACCCCGAGCAGCCUUUUGGAUUCCAUUUGCUGGUCAAUAUCUGAGCCAACUUCCUCUGCUUCUAUUUAUACAUACUCUUCAAGUGCUGAGAAUAAUGGCGUUAAAAACCAGACAUGUGCGAUUGUUGGGACGAAAGAAGACAUUAGGGAAUCAGGGACUUCAUUUGUGAACUUAUCCCGACCGCUUACAGAAAGUGAGAAGUGUGGGUUAAUAUUCAAAAGCCACUUCCUAACUAUACUGUUUCCAAUUGAUCGAUUUUUGGAGACGGGCCCUCGUUCAAGGACAUUUUUCAGUGAGAAGGGCUUUACGUGUUUGCAGGUGUUGGAUUAUGUCCAUGCAUUUUACCAGGAGAAUAUGUCGUCUGAGGAAAUAGAAAUAGCCAUCCACACGGAUUCAAGACAUGCUGACCAGCUUCGAUUGGCCUACUCCAGCAAAGAGACGGCAGAGCUUAAAUUUGUUGAAUUCAAGCGGAUUGAUUUUCUGGGAAGUCGUAUAAGUUUUGAAAUGUUAAAACGCGUGAAUGGCGAUAAUGAUAGUAAUGUUUAUGAACUGUUGAUCAGAGCAUGA